GCCCAAACGUCAUUCAGAUCCAGAAUCUCGUUGUAAAUUGACGCGGCAUAGAGUGUAAUCCAUUCGGACUCCAGAUCACUUAACUGGCACUUCAGCUUGAACGCUUUUCGUGGAUCACUUCUGCAAAAUGUCAGAUGGUACAAAAAAUUUUAACCAUGGCAACAUGGUGGGUCUAGCCUGUGAUGAGGGCUUGGUGCUGGCCACCAGUUCGAGGGAUCAUCUACUCUACCAACUGGAUGACCGCAUCUUCUUGUGUGCCCCUCGUUCCGCCAACAAUCGCGAGAAAAUCCUACAAGUGUCCGCCCAGGUGGAAUACCUAACCCGAGAUCUAGGACGAACAAUUACGGUGGGCCAAGUGCAGGAUAUGCUGAGCUAUAAGUACAAGGACGAGGAUUCCGUGUAUACUCUAACAGCUGGUCAGGACAGCAGUGGCCUGCACAUCUACAGUUUGAAAUCGAAUAAGGGAUCGCGUAGAGUGAUGUAUGCAGCCAGGGGCACCGAGGAAGAUGACAUUCUGUCCCAUUUGCUGGAAAAAUGGAGGCAGGACUUGAAACUUAGUGAAGCUGAGCAGCUAGUUAGGGACUUACUCAAGUUAAACGGGAAUGACUACGUGGACCUGUGCGUCCUCUACAAAGCUGAGGAAAAAGAGUUGCUCGAUGUGCCUCAGAUGCAAGUAAUCGAGGGCUUCGAUGAAAACGGGUCUGACUGAUCGCAGAAGAGCCAUCUCUAUACAAUAAUUAAUCGCACCAUUCCCAUUACACGUUGAAAUAAAUGAAUUGUUGAAGCUCGACUGCCUCCCCUGUAA